AUGGAAAAGUAUGUAGGUUCUUCUUUUACAAAGUCAAGUAGUGGCAGUACUAAACGUGCUCCAUCCGAAUCUGCAUCUAUUGAUUUAUUUCAAGAUAAACAAAAUGAGUGUGCUACUCCCUCAAGUCAGAACAAACCAACAGUAGAAGGUCCACCGGAUUUGUAUGUUCCUGAUCCGGGUAAAAGACUUCCUAUUAUGAGAAUUGCGAAGAGUGCUCAAGAAAGGGAAAUGAUUCGAAGAAUUUAUAUAACGAAUGGUCCUUGUCAACCAAAACUUGACAACUUUCCUCAAUCCUUAAUUGGGGGUAAAAUGCGUAGAUUUAAUCCUCAAUGGUACAAUGAGUUUGGCACUUGGUUGGAGUAUAGUGAAUCAAAAGAUGUUGUAUUUUGCUUGCAUUGUUAUCUAUUUAAAUGUGAGCAUGGUGAUGGAAGGGGUGGUCAUGAUUCAUUUGCAAGAGAAGGAUUUAGCAAUUGGAAAGACAAACAACGGCUUUUUAAACAUAUUGGGAAAGUUAGAAGCAUUCAUAAGUAG